CAGAACAAUUAAGAUUUGUGCCCUUUAUAUAACUUAUACUGUAAUUAAAACAAACAAAAUCCCCAAAUACUGUCAACCUGUUUAACUGACCUCGCAUACAUUAAAUAAUAGAGCUGCACAUACAUCACUGGAAAUCAGUUUGUUCCCUUUUAUUUUACAUUGAUAGGUUUUUGAUAAAUUAAGAAAUUCAAGCAUUUCAGAAAUGUAAAGAUCAUGAUGACAUUUUAAGUAUGUGAUCUAAUAUAAUUAAUAUUUGGUAUACUUUAUUUCCUGGCUUAGGAGCUGUGACUAAUGAGAAUCAAAGGCCAUGGAUGAAGAUGAACUUGAAUUGCAGCCACAAGAGCCAAACUCCUUUUUUGAUGGACUAGGAACUGAUGCUACGCACAUGGAUGGUGAUCAGAUUGUUGUGGAAGUUCAAGAAACUGUUUUUGUUUCAGAUGUUGUGGAUUCAGAUAUAACUGUACAUAACUUUGUUCCUGAUGACCCAGAUUCGGUUGUAAUCCAAGAUGUUAUUGAGGAUGUUGUUAUUGAGGAUGUUCACUGCUCAGAUAUCUUAGAAGAAGCAGAUGUAUCUGAAAAUGUCAUCAUUCCUGAGCAAGUUCUUGACUCAGAUGUAACCGAAGAAGUUUCUUUAGCACACUGCACGGUCCCAGAUGAUGUUUUAGCUUCUGACAUUACUUCAGCCUCAAUGUCUAUGCCAGAACAUGUGUUAACAAGUGAUUCUAUACAUAUGUCUGAUGUUGGACAUGUUGAACAUGUGGUUCAUGAUAGUGUAGUAGAAGCAGAAAUCAUUACUGACCCUUUGACAGCAGACGUCGUUUCAGAAGAAGUAUUGGUAGCAGAUUGUGCCUCUGAAGCAGUCAUAGAUGUCAAUGGGAUCCCUGUGGACCAGCAAGAUGAUGACAAAAGCAACUGUGAGGACUACCUUAUGAUUUCCUUGGAUGAUGCUGGCAAGAUAGAACACGGUGGCUCCUCUGGAAUGACCAUGGACGCAGAGUCGGAAAUUGAUCCUUGUAAGGUGGAUGGCACUUGCCCUGAAGUUAUCAAGGUGUAUAUUUUUAAAGCUGACCCUGGAGAGGAUGACUUAGGUGGCACCGUAGACAUUGUGGAGAGUGAGCCUGAGAAUGACCAUGGAGUUGAAUUACAUGAUCAGAAUAGCAGUAUUAGAGUGCCAAGGGAAAAGAUGGUUUAUAUGACCGUCAACGACUCUCAGCAAGAAGAUGAAGAUUUAAAUGUUACUGAAAUAGCUGAUGAAGUUUAUAUGGAAGUGAUAGUAGGAGAGGAGGAUGCUGCAGUUGCAGCAGCAGCAGCAGCUGCUGUGCAUGAACAACAAAUGGACGACAAUGAAAUCAAAACCUUCAUGCCAAUAGCAUGGGCAGCAGCUUAUGGUAAUAAUUCUGAUGGCAUUGAAAACCGGAAUGGCACUGCAAGUGCCCUCUUGCACAUAGAUGAGUCUGCUGGGCUCAGCAGACUGGCUAAACAAAAACCAAAGAAAAGGAGAAGACCUGAUUCCAGGCAGUACCAAACAGCAAUAAUUAUUGGCCCCGAUGGACAUCCCUUGACUGUCUAUCCUUGCAUGAUUUGUGGGAAAAAAUUUAAGUCGAGAGGUUUUUUGAAAAGGCACAUGAAAAACCAUCCUGAACACCUUACCAAGAAGAAGUACCACUGUACUGACUGUGAUUACACUACGAACAAGAAGAUAAGUUUACACAACCACCUGGAGAGCCACAAGCUGACCAGCAAGGCAGAGAAGGCCAUCGAAUGCGAGGAGUGUGGGAAGCAUUUCUCUCAUGCUGGGGCUUUGUUUACUCACAAAAUGGUGCAUAAGGAAAAAGGAGCCAACAAAAUGCACAAGUGUAAAUUCUGUGAAUACGAGACAGCUGAACAAGGGUUAUUGAAUCGCCACCUUUUGGCGGUCCACAGCAAGAACUUUCCUCACAUUUGUGUGGAGUGUGGGAAAGGUUUUCGUCACCCAUCGGAGCUCAAAAAGCACAUGCGAAUCCAUACCGGGGAGAAGCCGUACCAGUGCCAGUACUGCGAAUAUAGGUCUGCAGACUCUUCUAACUUGAAAACGCAUGUAAAAACUAAGCAUAGUAAAGAAAUGCCAGUCAAGUGUGACAUCUGUCUUCUGACUUUCCCAGAUACCAAAGAGGUGCAGCAACAUGCUCUUAUCCACCAAGAAAGCAAAACACACCAGUGUUUGCACUGCGACCACAAGAGCUCGAACUCAAGUGAUUUGAAACGACACAUAAUUUCUGUUCACACGAAGGACUACCCCCAUAAGUGUAACAUGUGUGAGAAGGGCUUUCACAGGCCUUCCGAACUCAAGAAACAUGUGGCUGCCCACAAGGGUAAAAAAAUGCACCAGUGUCGACAUUGUGACUUUAAGAUCGCAGAUCCAUUUGUUCUGAGUCGCCAUAUCCUCUCCGUUCACACAAAAGAUCUUCCGUUUAGGUGUAAGAGAUGUAGAAAGGGAUUUAGGCAACAGCAUGAGCUUAAAAAGCAUAUGAAGACCCACAGUGGCAGGAAGGUGUAUCAGUGUGAGUACUGUGAGUAUAGCACUACAGAUGCGUCCGGCUUUAAACGGCACGUUAUCUCCAUUCAUACGAAAGACUACCCUCACCGGUGCGAGUACUGCAAGAAAGGCUUCCGGAGACCUUCCGAAAAGAACCAGCACAUAAUGCGACACCAUAAAGAAGUGGGCCUGCCCUAACGAUACUUCAGACAUUUGUGGAGAUGUUGGCCUUAAAGCAGUCUCAUUGUAAAGCCAAUCAGUCUCAUUUAAAUGCAAUACUGUAUAUCGAUUUAUGCUGUGUACAAAUAGAAUUACUGCUUCUAGUCAGCUUUUCUUUACAUUUUACUAAAUAGAGUGUUCUGGAUUCUAUUCAGUUUGUUCAGUGGCAAAAAGUAGCAACAGUCAAGUUGCUUUUAAAAAUGAAUCCCUGAUUCUAUCCUGAAUUUUUCAGUCUUAGGAGUUUUACUAUUUAUUUAAGUAUUUACUUAAUUCACAUUGAUGGUACUCUUCUAAGACCAUUUAAAGAUACAAAAGAAACAACAUAGGAUUGGUAAUUC